AUGCAAUUGAUUAGCAAUUUAGUUGGCCACGAAUACAUAUUUUAUGAAGAAUAUGUAAGUGAUCGAUUAUGGAAAGCAAUGUUUUAGAUAAUCACAUACCUUUUGAUUGUGUUGGCCGCUUCAUUGAUUUACGGGGCAUGGAUUGUUUCAAAGCGGCCGCCUUUAGUGUAUCGUGGUCAUUUGGUGUCGAUUCAGAGAACUGAAGUGGGUAGAGUUGUCCGAGUAAGCAAUAUUUAGUUUUCAACAUAAUUUGAUUACAUAAUAACUUUAUUUUUACUGUUUUGUGAAUAGUUUUUGUUAAUAAUAAACUUCAGAUUGUUAGCGCGGACAACGAGCAAAUAAGGAUAGAGGAUUUGGUGUCGUUUUUGUCUAGGCGUGAUUCUAAUACUGAAAACACAGAAAACGUAAACGCUCUUGUGGUUUUAUCACCUUCAUCUACGCGACUGUCCUCACGGUAAUUUCAUUCUUUUUUAUGUUUAUUGUUUAGGGUGUCUGAGCUUCCUAGUAUCACCACGGUAACAUUACCUUUGGCAGUGGAGAGGUAUAUAUCACAGAUCUACGAGGUUUUACAUCGAAAUACAGACGCUUCGGCUGCUGCAGCUACUAUAAUAUCAUUGUUUCGACCUGUGGCUAGAAGGCUUAGUAACGAGAACCACUUGUUUAUCUCCAACUUAUUGACGGAAAUAAGGUCCACUGAGGUGUGUUUUUCGAAAAUAUUGAUUUUAAAAAUUUUAAUUUUUGUAUAAUUCUGUUCAUUUUUAGUCGGUAAAUUUUCAAAAUCCUGUUGUAAGUAACAAUAAUAACGAUCACGAAGUAAUGCCGGAUAAUAUGGAAAGCAGAGAAAUCAGGAAUCGACGAGAAGAAAGUAAGUUUUUGGUUUUUAUUGAUUUUUAGGUAAUAUUUACUUGGCUUGAAUUUGUUUUUAUUGCGGCUUUAUAAUACCUUAAUUUGUAUAAAUUUUGUUGGCGUAGAUUGGGUUUAACUACUUCGUUUUAUUUUUAGAUGUUCAGCCGAUUUCUAUUCCAAGUAAUAGGCCCAUUCUAGAGCCUGACACUACGGUAAAGUUGAAGUUUAUGGACGACACGGAAAAAGAAGUCAGGUGUAACUUGUUAUCUACUAUCGACGACUUUAAGAAGUGAGUUUUUGUUUUAAGUAGUUUUUGAAGUGUAUUUUGGGAAAAUUAUCAAAUUGAUUUUUUAGAACGCACUUUGUGUCUCAAGUGGCAGAUGGAAAGGUGAUAAGGUUAAUAUACAAAGGGCAGCUUCUGCGUGAUGAUAAUAAAACGUUAAGUGCGUAUGGUGUUCACAAUGAUUGUGUCAUUCACUGUCACAUCGGAAGUCGACCGUACACUCAAGAGUCGGCUUUAAACAACGACUCAUCUAGUCGAACUCAACACCGGAAUGGUCAAUUUGGUUUUGAGAACAUACCUAGUAGGCCCGUGUGUAAGUUUUUGCGGUUUUUGAUUAUUAUUAGUGAAGUUAAAUUACAUAUAACUUUAAUUUUCAGUCACGAAUUUGGCCAAUGAAAACAUAUUAAGCAGAGCAGUGCGGUUAUCAUUAUAUUGUGCUGAUAUGUUGCCGUUCUUGAUGUUUUACUGUUUAUCGACCACUCUGAGAUGGGUGCAAUCAGUAGAUCAAGUACCUCCGGAAUCAGAAGUAACUUGGAGUCAAAGGUAUAUCAAUAAGGUUAGAAGAGCGGCCUUGGCUAUAAUCAGACUGUUUGUGGACUUUUCUGUAGUCCAGAAUCAGAAUAUGGACGACAUGUUCAUGAACAGAUUUAACCUGGGCAUCCUGUUUACCUUAUUGUUUACAUGUAAGUUUGCUUUUCAAUAUUUUUAUUAUUAUAUUUUGUUUUACUUUAAAAACGAAUUUUAGUCAAAUUUGCUUCGAUUUGGUUUGUCGUGCUUUACUUUCCGCAAUAUACAGACACGAAAGGAGUGGUGAUGUUGACGAUGUUGACAAUUGUUUUUGUACUUUACACAUUUUACAAUCGGCCGCGCCCCGCGGCACCGGCACACGUUAAUUAA